AUGGAGGAGGACAUACUCAGUGAUAUUCCCGAAGCCUUGCAACUUCGUAUCCUCUCUUGUCUUGAUGCGAAACAAGCUGUUCAAACAUCGAUGUUGUCAAGAACUUGGGUUUCUUUGUGGACUAAGAUCCCAGUUCUUGAAUACAACCGUAAGCAUAUUUACAAGCGUCAGGAGAAGCGAGUCUUAGAAGAUCUGCUGUUUUUCUUCUCUAGACUUCAUAAUGUCAAAUCGUUAAUGCUUUACUCGCCUAUUGCUCUUCUUCUAAAUUUCUAUCCAGAUGAGUUGAUGAAGCGUAGUUCACCCUUUCGGGUGUUGACGAACGUGAAGCUGGAAUUUCAGGUUCAUUGUGGUCGAGCGCUUGACUUAUGUGACGACUCAUGUAAGGAAUCGGCGUUUAAAUGUGUGAAAGAAUACUUGCUCCAGCAUGUUCCUGAUGCCACAUUUACCGUCACUCUUCUUAAAGUCGAUGAAUGGUGCGAUGACGAUGUUUCAGAUAUUUUUGGGUUUAAUUGA